GGCCCGAGCGCGAUGGCGGGGGCGACCGGGCUCAUGGCCGAAGUGAGCUGGAAGGUCUUGGAGCGAAGGGCUCGGACCAAGCGCUCAGGGAACUGAGCACACUGCCCCCAACAUACUUUUAUAGCAUGUUUCUUUCCCUUUCAUAUGCACUUAGUUUACUUUCUCCUCUAGUCUUUACUUUGUUUCCUCUGUAAUGCAUGCCAUCGCAGUAAGCUUUGAAAACCUUACUUUUCUUUUCUUAUCAGAGAAAAACAUCUCCUUUUAUUUAACUGUUGAUUUCAGUCACUGAAAUCUAGUUUCAAAUGCAAAGUAAAGUAGGUAGUAUCAACUUUGGAUGUUCCUCUGUGUUUACAUCAGAGUAGAAAGCCAUAACAGUUGAAGGCUUUCCUGCAAAGUAGUAAUGUUUGAGAUUCAGAUUCUGCUAUAACUGAAGUAUGGAUGAUAAAGUUUCAUGCCUAAGUCAUCUACUCCCUGUGUCAUUAAAAACCAUCAAUUUGAUUGUUACUUUUAGUAUAUAUAAACAGAAGUUUGUUUGAAGCCUGCACUAACCUGACUCUGGCAUGUACUGCUCUGCAGAGUUCUGAGCAUUGUUACAUAGUAGCAUAAUUACUGCACAAUAGAGGAUGCUGCUCUCAUGUAAUGUGUAAUAAGUGGAUAGUACAUAUUUCAUGCCUCCUCCAAAUAAGCGUAUGUAAUUCAUCAAAGGAAAUCAAAUUUUCAAGUCAUAAAAGAGAAAAUAAAAUUACAUAAUGAUCCUCAAUUAUUGCCUUUGUUGUGCACUGCAUCGUGUUAAUAACUGCUCACACUGCUUUCAAUUAAUCUAACGCUGAUUGCUUCUAACCUUCACUAAACAGUUUUAAAAUUGCUGUAGUUUAGCCUGCGGCGCUUAUGAUUAGAGUCAACAAUUUGAAAUGGCCAGCUCACCUGAUGCAGUCGUCUCCUCUCCACGUGCUUUCUUAAGGUCUGGCUCAGUUUAUGAACCUCUUAAAAGCAUUAAUCUUCCAAGACCAGAUAAUGAAACUCUAUGGGAUAAAUUGGAUCAUUAUUACAAAAUUGUUAAGUCAACAUUGCUGCUGUAUCAGAGUCCCACCACAGGUCUCUUUCCCACUAAAACGUGCGGUGGUGAUCAGACAGCCAAGAUCCAUGACAGCCUCUACUGUGCUGCUGGGGCCUGGGCUUUGGCUCUUGCAUACAGGCGCAUUGAUGAUGACAAGGGAAGGACCCAUGAGCUGGAGCAUUCGGCUAUAAAAUGUAUGAGAGGAAUUCUCUACUGCUAUAUGCGACAGGCCGAUAAGGUCCAGCAGUUUAAGCAGGAUCCACGCCCAACAACGUGUCUUCACUCUCUUUUCAAUGUGCAUACAGGAGAUGAAUUACUGUCUUAUGAGGAAUAUGGUCAUCUUCAGAUAAAUGCAGUGUCCCUCUAUCUCCUUUACCUUGUGGAAAUGAUUUCCUCAGGACUCCAGAUUAUCUACAACACUGACGAGGUCUCUUUUAUUCAAAACCUUGUAUUUUGUGUGGAAAGAGUUUACCGUGUGCCUGAUUUUGGUGUAUGGGAAAGAGGAAGCAAAUAUAAUAAUGGCAGCACAGAGCUACAUUCCAGCUCUGUUGGCUUAGCAAAAGCAGCUUUGGAAGCUAUUAAUGGAUUCAACCUCUUUGGCAAUCAGGGCUGUUCUUGGUCAGUGAUAUUUGUGGAUCUGGAUGCUCACAAUCGCAACAGACAAACUUUGUGCUCACUGUUACCCAGAGAAUCAAGAUCUCAUAACACAGAUGCUGCCCUGCUCCCUUGUAUCAGUUAUCCUGCAUUUGCCCUGGAUGAUGAUGUUCUAUAUAACCAAACACUUGAUAAAGUUAUUAGAAAAUUAAAAGGAAAAUAUGGAUUUAAACGUUUCUUGAGAGAUGGGUAUAGAACUUCACUGGAGGAUCCCAAAAGACGCUACUACAAACCAGCUGAAAUUAAGUUAUUUGAUGGCAUUGAAUGUGAAUUUCCCAUAUUUUUCCUUUACAUGAUGAUUGAUGGAGUUUUUAGAGGCAAUCCCAAGCAAGUAAAGGAAUAUCAGGAUCUUUUGACUCCAGUACUUCAUCAGACUACAGAAGGAUAUCCUGUGGUACCAAAGUACUAUUAUGUGCCGGCUGACUUUGUAGAAUAUGAGAAAAGAAACCCUGGUAGUCAAAAGCGAUUUCCUAGCAAUUGUGGCCGCGAUGGAAAACUAUUUCUUUGGGGACAAGCCCUUUACAUCAUUGCAAAACUCCUGGCUGAUGAAUUAAUCAGUCCCAAAGACAUUGAUCCUGUCCAGCGUUAUGUGCCAUUACAGAAUCAACGUAAUGUGAGCAUGAGGUUUUCCAAUCAGGGCCCACUGGAAAAUGAUUUGGUGGUUCAUGUAGCACUGGUCGCAGAAAGCCAACGCCUUCAAGUUUUCCUCAACACAUAUGGCAUUCAAACUCAAACACCUCAGCAGGUAGAACCCAUUCAGAUAUGGCCUCAGCAGGAGCUUGUGAAAGCUUAUUUCCACCUGGGUAUCAAUGAGAAGCUAGGACUCUCCGGAAGGCCAGACAGGCCCAUUGGCUGCCUCGGUACCUCAAAGAUUUACCGCAUUCUGGGAAAGACUGUCGUUUGUUACCCUAUUAUUUUCGACUUAAGUGAUUUCUACAUGUCUCAGGAUGUUUUACUGCUGAUAGAUGACAUAAAGAAUGCACUACAGUUCAUUAAGCAGUAUUGGAAAAUGCAUGGACGUCCACUUUUCCUUGUUCUCAUUCGGGAAGACAAUAUAAGAGGUAGCCGGUUCAACCCCAUGUUGGAUAUGCUGGCAGCCUUAAAAAAUGGAAUGAUUGGGGGAGUCAAAGUUCAUGUUGAUCGCCUACAGACACUAAUAUCUGGAGCUGUAGUGGAACAACUUGACUUCCUACGGAUCAGUGACACAGAGGAACUUCCAGAAUUUAAGAGUUUUGAGGAGCUAGAACCUCCCAAACAUUCAAAAGUCAAACGACAAAGCAGCACCUCUAAUGCGCCCGAACUGGAACAGCAGCCGGAGGUCUCCGUCACUGAGUGGAGAAACAAACCAACCCACGAAAUUCUUCAGAAACUGAACGACUGCAAUUGUCUGGCCAGCCAAACCAUCCUGCUGGGUAUAUUGCUGAAAAGAGAGGGCCCCAACUUCAUCACAAAGGAAGGGACCGUUUCUGAUCACAUUGAGAGACUUUAUAGAAGAGCUGGCAGUAAAAAGCUUUGGUCGGUUGUACGCCGUGCAGCAAGUCUUUUAAAUAAAGUAGUGGACAGCCUGGCCCCAUCCAUUACUAAUGUUUUAGUGCAGGGCAAACAGGUAACUCUGGGUGCCUUUGGACAUGAAGAAGAGGUUAUCUCUAAUCCUUUGUCUCCAAGAGUGAUUAAGAACAUCAUCUAUUAUAAAUGUAACACCCAUGAUGAGAGGGAAGCGGUCAUCCAGCAAGAACUGGUCAUCCAUAUUGGUUGGAUCAUCUCUAAUAACCCGGAGUUAUUCAGUGGCAUGCUGAAAAUACGAAUUGGGUGGAUCAUCCAUGCUAUGGAGUAUGAACUACAGAUCCGCAGUGGAGACAAGCCAGCCAAGGACUUGUAUCAGCUGUCACCUAGCGAAGUGAAACAACUACUGUUGGAUAUUCUCCAGCCUCAGCAAAACGGAAGAUGUUGGCUGAACAAACGUCAAAUCGAUGGGUCUUUGAAUAGAACUCCCACUGGGUUCUAUGACCGAGUGUGGCAAAUCCUGGAGCGUACGCCCAAUGGUAUCAUUGUAGCUGGAAAGCACUUGCCACAGCAACCAACCCUGUCUGAUAUGACCAUGUAUGAGAUGAAUUUCUCUCUCCUCGUUGAAGACAUGUUGGGAAAUAUUGACCAGCCAAAGUACAGACAGAUUGUUGUGGAGUUACUAAUGGUUGUGUCCAUCGUACUGGAAAGAAACCCUGAGCUAGAAUUUCAAGACAAAGUAGAUCUAGACAAACUGGUGAAAGAAGCAUUUCAUGAAUUUCAAAAAGAUGAGAGUCGGCUGAAAGAAAUUGAAAAACAAGACGACAUGACUUCUUUUUACAACACUCCUCCCCUGGGAAAAAGAGGAACCUGCAGCUAUUUAACAAAGGUGGUGAUGAAUUUGCUGCUGGAAGGAGAAGUCAAACCAAGCAAUGAGGACUCGUGUCUGGUUAGCUAGUCAGGAAGGCGGAAGAGACCCAGCCAAGGCCCAGAAGCUAGAAGUUUGUUAAGUUUUGUGUGGAAGCUUAAUCAAGGCAGCCAUUAAUAUGUGGACUGACUGUGCCGGCGAGGUGCUUGCCACACUCUUGGCAGAGUCACUGCACCUCUCGCAUGCCAUGGCCAAUCCAAAUGGUAAGAAAAGCUUUUAAUCAAGUGAGAAAGAAUUCUCCUGAUUACGCCACUACAAAAGUAAUCUGCGCCGAACAAUAGAAAUAGUUUAUGCAUUGAAAAUUCACCGCUGCAUGUUUUAUGAUCGAAUAGCUCAUCAAAAUGAAUCUUUGUGCUUUGGGCUGUAUUCUGACCUUCCUGCCAUUAAAAUGGAUUUGCCAAAUAGUAGUGCAUACUGGAAAUCAAAAGACAUUGAAAGAAUGGUGAACAUUUUUUUAGUGGCAUUGUCAGGCUUGAAAAAAGGUGUCAGUAUACAUCAUACAAGCAAAAUCAGUCAAUUUGAUUCUGAGAAGCUCCAUUAUUAUUAAUAUUUUGGCAUACAGAGCUAUUGUACAAUUUUUACCUUGUAACAUGACUAUGGUUUUGUAUUUGUGCUAAAUAUAGGGCUUAGACUAUAAUGUACUAAAUCUAUAGUUCAUCAAACAUUUUCUUUGAGAUCUUACUAAAAAUAAAAUGAAUAGGAUUGUUCAGAAGUAUGUUAAAGUCAAGACUGUUACAUUUGUUGGUAGUAGUAAAAAAAUUUUUAAAUCAUUAAAUUUCAUUUCUGAAUUAAUGAA